AUGUUUACGAGAUCGACCAUCUUCUCGGCCUGCAGGCGUCCAGUGAUACCGCAGCUCUUGCGACAAACGCAGAAUCAAUGUCUUCACGCCUCGCCGGCAUUGGCUCUCCCCCGUCGGAGAGACUUCUUCACCUCUAAUGCUCAAUUGGCGCAAAAGCAAUCCAAUACGAACGACGAAUCCCUUGAGAACCUAGAGCUCCAAAAACAACGGAGGCGCAGUGCGAGAGCACCGGCAGCUCCUACUUCCUUGCGACGAGUGGCUGUGGAGGCACAAAGAUCGAGAGAUGGAUUUCUCUCCAAGGCCCAGCUCAAGGAGCAGGGCAUCGAUCAGACUAAGAUAGUUACAGCCUACGCCGUAGCAGAACAAUUCAAUAUACGCAAAGUCCGAGACAUCUUGCAGGAGAAGGGAUAUGAGCCGGAUCCGCUAGGAACUGGGCUCUUCCCACAAGUUGUUCAUGUGCAAAUACCGAUCGACUCCAUACGGCGUGUCGCAAAUCCAUCCACCACAGACCUACCCUCUGAUCAAGUCGGCGAUAUAUUUGUGUUUCCAUCUGGCACGGUAGUCGCAUGGGCGCUGCCCGAAGGAUUUAGUUCGUUCCUGGCGACGAGAACCCUCCUCCCGGCAUCGGAAGGAGCUCAUGUGGAUGACAUUGAAACUGAAGAUCUGGAGUUUGUUGAAGAUUCAAAACGAGAUAACAGUAGCAUCAAGGGAGAUACAAUCAUCUUGGGAACUAACUCUGGAAACGAAGGGUUAGAAGCACCCCUUGCGGUCCAACAAUCGAUUGAUACCGUCUUAACAAAGGUCGCAUUUUCAUCGGGACUGGCCCGGAGCACAAAACUCGCAGUGCUCGAAAGUCUGUUGUCCAAUUAUUUCGAGUCAACUCGCACCAUCCCAACUCUCCUCUCAAAGGGUUCUCGCUUGCCAUACACGAGAGACUUUAUUCUGCGAAAAACUGGGCAAUUGCUUAGUGUGCGUGCCCAGCUUAAUCUUUACUCGGAACUUACAGACUCACUCCCGGAUAUAUUUUGGGACAGCCGGCAUGAGCUCGGCUUGGAGGGAUACUAUGAACAGGUGGGCAGAGCAUUGGAUGUGGGUAUCCGUAUCAAACUUUUGAACGAAAAGAUGGAUUAUGCACAGGAGAUUGCGAGCGUUCUCCGUGAGCGACUCAGUGAGACUCAUGGUCUUCGACUUGAAUGGAUCAUUAUCCUGCUCAUUGCCGUCGAGGUGGGAUUUGAGGUCUUGCGACUGUGGAAAGAGCGGGUGCAUGAACAAGAAGAAGCGUCUCGGAAGAAGAAUACGACGACCAUCUAA